UACGCAGUAAAAAGCCGCCUCUUGUAUGUUAACAAUUACACCGGUUUCUUCUUCAACAGUCGAGUUUCAUUUCGUUCAAGUAUAUACCAUCAUCGUUCACAAAAUAAAAAGUGGUUUGCUGUACUUUACAGUGAAUUUAAGUGGAUUACGACGUGACGACGGUUAUAUGCAAAAAUAUUUGUUUAUUUAUUGAUAACACCCAGAUAUUGGACCAAAUAACCAAUAUUUAAUUAGUGAAAGUCACCUCCAAUCGAAAGUGUGUGUAUUUUGCCACCAUAAUAAAGUGUGUUCUUAUUGCUCUGAUUCCAUAUGAAAAUUGAAUCUUAAAUCAAAUUCGAAUUCUGUGGUUGUUUAAUGAAUCGACAAAAUCUAAGCUCAAAAUGCAAUUAACUGCCUGGCUUAUCGUACUUUGGAUUAUAAGCGGUGUUGAAUCGUCGUCUCAUGACCAUCGCUGGUUAAGAACGGAAGUAAUGGAUGGAAAUGGAUUGUAUAUACUCGAUUGGAAGAUAGUUGAAAAGGAAAUUGUGUUCCGAGUUACAGUAAAUACUCGUGGAUUCAUUGGCUUAGGAUAUUCAUUGAAAAAUGGCCAAAUGAACGAUGCCGAUUUGAUAUUAGCAUGGGUUGACGAUAGAACGGGAAAACCAACCGUUUUGGACUGUCACGGGUCCCCAACGAACAGUCCAGCGCCGAUACAAGACGACACCCAAAAUUAUAUUAUUGAUUCCGGUUAUCAAAAUGCAACACAUACACAGAUUCAGUUUCGGCGAGGGUUAGAAACAUGUGACCCACAUGACAUCACAAUUAGUGCAGACACAAUUAAGGUUUUAUGGUCGUAUGGUGACAAGGAUCCCAUAUUUGAUGAGAUGAAAGGGCAUGGCGUUAAUAGAGGAUUUAAACCACUACAUUUGAUGGCACCAAUGUCUAGGAAACCAUUGCAUAAUAGAGAUGUUCGACAGUGGGAUCUCACUGUGAAAAAUGUAACCAUCGAGUCGAAUAUGGAUACACUUUACUGGUGUAAAAUAUUACGCGCCCCAAUUCUCCAAGAUAAACAUCACAUUAUUGGCUAUGAAGCGUUGCUGACAAAAGAGAAAAGCACUAAAAAAUCUAUCGUACACCACAUGACACUUUUCGAAUGUUCAUAUCCGGGUUCAGACCCGCUCUCCUGGGAUGUUUGGGCGAAGAGCAACGGUGCCGUUUGCAACAGUAAUUUGCUGACACCGCGAGACUGGGAUGCUUGUGUGACACCAGUAGCUGUUUGGGCGGUUGGAUCGACAGGACAAUUUCUGCCACACCAUGUUGGCAUUCCAAUGGGAGGUCAAAUUGGUGCUAAAUAUUAUAUGCUCGAAAUUCACUACGAUAAUCCAAGUGGAAAGAGAAUCAUUGAUCACUCUGGUUUUCGAAUACAUUACACCAGACGAUUGCGAGAGUACGAUGGUGGAAUGAUGAUAAGUGGUGUAUCCGUGAGUGACACCCAAAUGAUACCUCCCCAGCAAAAACUAUACAGAAGUGUUGGCAUAUGCGGCACAUCAUGCACUAAAUCGUUAUUUCCAGACGAUGGUAUAAAAAUUGUAUCAGCAACAUUGCAUUCACAUGUGGCUGGACGUAAAAUGAAAUUAAGACACGUUCGGGAUGGGAUCGAGUUAGACCGUAUUGUUGAAGAUGAUAAUUAUGAUUUUAAUUAUCAACAAUUCAGGCAGCUGUCUAAUGAAACGGUUGUAUUGCCGGGGGAUUAUAUGAUUACGGACUGUGCUUAUGAGACAAUGAACCGUAAACAUCCCACAUUUGGCGGAUAUUCCACGAAGCAGGAAAUGUGUCUGUCGUUCUUAACAUACUAUCCGAAAAUUGAUUUGGCUGGUUGUUAUUCCAUGACCCCGGUUAAAGAGUUUUUCGAAACUUUCGGUGUGUACGAGUUCUACUCCAUGAAUAUGACGGACGUUGAAAAUUUGUUUCUGUACAAUGGAAAUAUUCUUGAUCUCAUGCCAACUACAAUUUUUCCAAAUUUUCCACUCGGAGGUCACAUAGACGAUGAGAACAAUAAGAAAGCCAUUGAAGCACUACAAAAUGCUAAGGAGUAUAGCAUCGUAACGGAGGACAUACUUCAACAGGAAUCAGUUUUAAAUAAAUUGGUAAUAUCCGAUCCUGUUGAAUUCCAUGAUAGAACGUUUCUGGCUCAUCUCAAUCAAUUACCAUGGUCAGAACCACUGUUCACACGUAGAGUUGAGCAAACAAUGUUGAUGGGAAAACAUAUGACUUUCUGUCGUGUAUCUAAUGAAAGUUUAUCGGUGCCAUCGGAAAUUAUUCGAUUUCCAAACUUUUCCAAUUUGGUAAGGCCGGCCAGUCAUUGUCCAUACCAGCAUUUAAUGGAAACAAUGUCAGCAAGCUGUUACCGAUAUCAAUUUAAUGGAUAUUUCAUUAUACUUACACUGGUGGUUAUUUAUCGAUGACAUAUUGUUACGACGGUGGUAUGAAAGCAGUGUCUAAAUUUGUUGAAAGUUCUAUUUUUAACCAUUUUCGAUUAUUUGGUUUUUAACAUCUAAGAGUUUUCGGAUAGGUAUUUAGUUUUAGUCGGACUACCAGUUAAUUAAUUUAUAUUUUAUUUAUUUACAUAUGAUGAUGGAUUAGAUUGUAAUUGUAAAGUAUUUCUCUCGUAUGUAUUUAUACAUUCACAACUAUAACACUCGAUUAUUCCAUUAAUCAAUUAUCCCGAAAUGUGAAUAAUGUGCUACAGCUCGCCUCUACGCUGUUGAAAAACUUCUUCGGCAAACUUUUGAAAUUAUUUAAUAAUUGAACUUCAUACCAAUUCGACUUUUGUUAUUCAUGCGAAUAUAACAGAUACACUCCGGAACGUAAAAUCGUACAGUGAAGCUGCUACCAAAUUGUUAAAUAUAU